CUCCUCCUCCUCCUCCUCCCGGCCCCGUCAUGGCGGCCGCGCCUCUCAACAACCUGCGGGAGCAGCUACAGCUCCACUCGUCCCGCGGCCCCCUCAGCAACCCGCCCCCGCUGCGGCACCGGCCGGCGCGCUUCGUCUUCAAGAAGACCUCUCCGGCCGGCGCCGUGCCCCGGGAGCCCCGCGGCCUCUCCGCCGCCUCAGCGCUGAGGGACAAAGAUGUCAACACCUGCCUGGCCGCGCUCGCCUCGCCCCUCGCUGCCCCCGCGGACAAGAAGGCGCCGGUCCAGGGUUUCCUUCCAGCAGCAGCCGCCGGGCCCCGCGGACGGGGCCUUGAGCCGGCCGGUGCGAGCCCGGCGCUUGCCGCCUCCCGGGAGGCAGCGAAAGCCCCCGGGAAGGGCGGCGGGGCCGCGGGGCCGCUCGGUGCUCCCGCCCGGCAGGCCGGGGCCGCCGUUGCGCUGGAAGAGGAGUGGGACGACAUCGACGACUUCGAUUUGUCAAGGAUCGAGAAGCACCGCAGGCCGCCCGGCCCGGCCCCCAAAGGGCCGCGGGGCUCCGGAGAGGCCUCCCACCCCUCGAAGCCUCGCCGGGACGAGCCCCCGGGCUCUCCCGGGACCGGGGGCCCUCGCAGCCCCGCCGAGCCCCCUCCGGAGCCUGAACAACGACCCUUGUCGCAGCAGUCGCUGAUCUGCCUUGGGGGUUCGGCUCCCUGCAGCGGUAACGAGGCGGUGGGGGAGAGCUUAUCGGCUGACGUGAUUUGGGUUGAUAGCAGGGAAGAGGCUCCGCCAGUUGCUAAUGAUAAAGGUGGGGAGAGCCAGAAGCCAAGCAGUGAUGAAAAAAACAGCCCCCGAGAAGUGGAUGAGGCCGACACCGAGCUGUUUGCAGGCACUGAGCUUGAUGAGGAUGAUUACUUGGAUAUCAUUCCACCCUCCCCUGAAGAAGAGCUGCCUUCCAUCUCGCCUUCUGUAAAAAGCAUUAGUAAUAUUUUCAAAGAAUCUCCUACUGGUGGAAGAUCCACAGCUAGCAGUGUUGAGUCCAAGCCUGGGAAGGUUGCCACAACGCAGCCUGUUGCUGAAAGCGAUCCCAGUGUGGGGGAUGCAGCAGAUGAAGGCUUGGAACAGCAGCUCUACAGCGUCAUGGAUGAUAUCUGUAAGCUGGUAGAUGCCAUCCCACUUCAUGAGCUCAAGUCCCUGUCGUGUGCAAAGGAACUUCUCCAGCAGAGAGAUCUCAGGAAAAAAUUACUAAGUAAUUCUGUUACUUUGAACAAAAGUAGCACAAACAACACUCUUCCUAGAAGCUGGAAGGCAUGUGUGGAGCGGGGCCCUCCUGCAUGUCCUGGUACUGCUCCAUGUUCUGGCCCAAACUGGAGCUUCAGUUCUGGCAGAAACUCGCCAAAAUCCACAAACCUCCCACCUACGCUUUUUGCAACUGUUAAUUCAAGCAAUUUUUCUACCAAAAAAAAUCAAACCUCGGAUACCUCUUACGCUUCAAAGCAAAGUGUUGAGGAGACCCCCUGCCCGGAACCUCGAGCGCUGGCUCCUUGCAGGGUAAAUGGCAGCGAGGGAGCUGCCCCCGGCCCCCGCUCCGCGACGUCCUCCGGCAGCAGCUGGGGUGAAAAACCAGGGGUGGGGGGCGGUGGGAACGGUGGUCGGCUGGAGAGGCCUCCCGCAAGCACGGCUGCGCCAGGGCAGAGCAAAGCUGCUGCUGGCCUGCCUGCAGAAGGCAAUUUAGGUAUAAGUGAUGCAGACUUUGACCUUGAUCCCUUUGAUAUUGAUGAUUUGGAUGAUGGCUGGGACAAUCUGGAGAGUGUUUCGGCACCUGAGGCGCCGUCUACGCCGUUGUACCAGCCCGUCAGGGAAGGGCCGCCUGCCAGAUCGCUGUUGUCAAAGAUAAUGUCCAGAGCCAAGGGAUCUGCUUUGGUGUCAAACCCUGCUGCUCCAAAAUCAGCCUCCUUGGUGACAACAAAGAACCAUUCAGAUCCAGCGGUUAAUAACCCUGCACUAGAAUGUUUCAGGGGUAUGAAAUUCUCCCAUUCUGAAGAAAUGAUGAAUAUAUUUCACAAAAAGUUUGGUUUGCACUAUUUUCGGACAAAUCAGCUGGAGGCCAUCAAUGCUGCUCUUCUGGGUGAAGAUUGUUUCAUCUUAAUGCCCACUGGUGGUGGUAAAAGCUUGUGCUACCAGUUACCAGCGUGUGUCUCUGCUGGAGUCACUAUUGUUAUCUCUCCACUGAGGUCACUGAUAAUAGAUCAAGUUCAGAAACUGAAGACUUUAGAUAUUGCUGCAACAUACCUUACUGGUGAUAGAACGGAUUCUGAUGCUUCAAAAAUAUAUAUGCAGUUGUCAAAAAAAGAUCCUGUAAUAAAGCUUCUGUAUGUUACCCCUGAGAAGGUUUGUGCAAGCAACCGGCUGAUGUCAGCCCUGGAGAAUCUCUACGACAGGAAACUCCUUGCGCGUUUUGUCAUUGAUGAGGCCCACUGCGUCAGCCAGUGGGGUCACGAUUUUCGACAAGACUACAAACGAUUGAAUAUGCUCCGCAGGAAGUUUCACUCUGUUCCUAUGAUGGCUCUUACUGCCACUGCUAACCCCAGAGUACAGAAGGAUAUUCAGAAUCAGCUUGAGAUGCUAAAACCACAAGUGUUUACAAUGAGCUUCAACAGGCAUAACCUGAAAUACGAUGUGUUGCCCAAGAAGCCAAAGAAGGUGGCAAUGGAUUGCUUGGAAUGGAUUAAAAAAUAUCAUCCAUAUGACUCUGGAAUAAUUUAUUGCCUUUCACGUCACGAAUGCGACACGACAGCGGCUAUUCUGCAGAAGGAAGGCCUUGCUGCGCUUGCCUAUCAUGCUGGCCUCCCUGACUCCAACAGAGAUCUUGUACAAAAGAAGUGGGUUAAUCAAGAAGGAUGCCAGGUUAUAUGUGCAACGAUUGCCUUUGGAAUGGGGAUUGAUAAACCUGACGUACGCUAUGUUAUCCAUGCUUCCCUUCCGAAAUCUAUAGAAGGUUACUAUCAAGAAUCUGGCAGAGCUGGACGAGAUGGUGAAAUGUCUCACUGUCUGCUCUUCUACAGCUACAGUGAUGUAACCAGACUUAGAAGGCUAAUACUCAUGGAGAAAGACGGAAACAGUCACACAAGAGAGACCCACUUUAACAACCUGUACAGUAUGGUUCACUACUGUGAGAAUGUAGUUGAUUGCCGGAGAAUUCAGCUUUUGGCCUACUUUGGGGAAACUAAUUUUAGUCCCACCUUCUGUAAAGAUCACCCAGAAGUAAUUUGUGAUAACUGCAGUAGAAAGAAGGAUUACAAAUCAAGAAAUGUAACAGAUGAAGUGAAGAGCAUUAUAAGAUUUGUACAAGAGCACUGUGGACAAAUGGGACGAAUAAAUGCGGGGAGAAACAUACGUUCUGGAAGAUACACAUUGAAUAUGAUGGUAGACAUUUUCUUGGGCACGACGAGUGCGAAGAUUCAGUCUGGAAUUUUCGGGAAGGGAGCUGCCUACUCAAGGCAUAACGUUGAAAGGCUGUUUAGAAAACUGGUCUUGGACAAGAUUCUGAAUGAAGACUUGUAUAUCACAGCUAAUGACCAAGCAGUAGCAUAUGUAAUUCUAGGAGAGAAAGCUCAGGCUGUGCUAGAUGGAUCACUACAGGUGGAGUUUCAUGAAACAGAAAGUGCCAGUGCCAUCAGAAAGCAGAGGGCUUCCAUGGCAAAAAUGUCACAGCGGGAAGAAAUGGUUAAAAAGUGCUUUGGGGAACUUACAGACACAUGCAAAAUGCUCGGGAAAGUCUUUGACGUGCAUUACUUCAAUAUUUUCAGUACUUCAACUCUAAAGAAGAUAGCAGAAACCUUGUCAUCUGAUGUGGAGGUUUUACUGCAGAUUGAUGGUGUCACAGAAGACAAACUGGAAAAAUACGGUGCAGAAAUAACUAAAGUGAUGGAGAAGUACUCUGAAUGGACCGUACCAGAAGAUGCUGCCGGCCCAAGUGUGGACACGGCUCCGAGAAGCACUGGCACACCUGAGAGCGAUGAAGAAGCAGGAGAUGCUGCUACAACCUCGAGCUAUUUUUGCAAUAAUGCAAACCAAAGGAGGAAAAGAAGGCGGCCGCCAAACUUCAGAGAAUCAAAAAGGAAAAAAACAAGUAAUGGCGGUGGCCAGCAGUUUCAUCCCAAAGGCGGUUACAAGUACCGAAGGACCAGAAGGCCACCUAGCUCCAAGGCUCCAGCUUCCUCUGGCUACAGUUCAGCAGCGGCCAGUGCCACUGCCUGGCAAGGAGCUGCUGGAAAGCUGGGGAUUAUGGCACUGCCGAAACCCAGAACCAGGCAGUUCCUUCAGCCUUCGUAUUCAAUACUGUAACUAGGAAAAUGUAAAUACUGUAUAAAGCCAAGCCCUGGAGAUGUGAUCAUUGUUUAUUGAAUUUUUGUUUCGUUUGCUAAACCUUCUGAGGCUUACGCAUUUGUCAAGUACAAAAGCUCCCAUUAAAUAAAUAUUUUUAAACUCC